CUGUAUAACGCCGAGAUCUACGGAAGUCUGCGCAAAGGCGGCGCCGUGGAUUUCUUCUCGCUCGAGUGCGCCGGACUCGUGGCUGCCACCUUCGCGUCGACGUUCUCCAUCGAGUGUCUGAACAGUGUCAUCCAGCCAAUGCUGAAGGAGCAUUUCGGUCUCAAGACGGCGGAACUGGCGGCGGCGCAGCGACUGACAGCGAUCCCGCAAGUCUUCUGCUUCUUUAUUGGUUUGCUGUCCGACUGCUACCCGAUCUUCGGCUUCCGACGCAAAGGUUACCUGCUUAUCGGACUAUCGAUCACCGUGGUGAGUCUGUUCGCUCUCUCUGGACUGGACGGGUACAUUGAAACUCUGGAUCAGGGAACAGCGGGCUUGGGCUUGGCUGCCGCGAUCAUCACGUUCGCGACGUUGGCUAGUGUUGGGAACAUCAUCGCCUAUGUGUGCGUGCACACGCGCGUGCUCGAGUUAUCGCAGCGUGAACCUCUCGGUCAGCGUGGAGCUAUUCAGGCCACGUACCUCAUCUUCCGCUGUCUCGUGUACAUCUUCACAGACGCCUGUGCGUACGUUGUGUCGCUCAUUACAACGCACCACUGCACGCCGUUGCUCGCGUCCGGUCUGGUCAUCGCUCUCUCGAUACCUUUGGUGUGGAAGGCGUGGCAGGAGAAGUAUUAUUCCCUGUCGACGCCUAUGAAGACUCGAGGCCAGAUUCUGUGGCGGAUCAUGCAGCAGAAGGCCGUGUGGAGUAUAUUGGUCUUCAUGUGCUUCUUCACGCUGUUCAGCGGCAUCGCGUUCAGCGGGCCGUCCGUUGUGGUGAGCGUCUGGGCCGGGGCCACUGGCGACAACUCGUUCGUGCAGCAAGUCAUGUACUACGGCGCCAUGCUGGGGACCGUCGUGGUGUGGCGAUACUACUUCAUGAACCGCCCGUGGCGCUCGUUCUACUCCAUGUCGACGGUUCUACUCGUCAUCCCGCAGAUGAUCGUCGCGAUCUGCGUCACCCAGGAUAUUAUCCGGGACCGGUACUUCUACCGUCUCAUGACGCUGUUCACCAGCGUCUCGGCUGGGAUCGGCUGGCUUGCGAGCAUGGUGCCGCUCACGGAGAUCAUGCAGGAAGGCUCGGAGGGCGCCAUGGUGGGGCUCAUGCUGUCCAUGUACUUCUUGGUCAGCAUCUUCGUGCAGACCAACUCUGUGGGUCUGUUCGACGGUACCAACUUCUACAACAUCGCCGAGGUCGCGAUGGACACCCCGGACGCGAGAUUUGACGUGCUCAUAGCGCUGCUGCUCAACUACGGCAUCAACGCGUUGGCUUUCAUCGGACUCUUCUUCCUGCCGAGGCAGAAGCUCGAUACGCAGCAGCUGCGGAGCUACGGCGGGUACACGAAGUGUGCCAGCGCUGCUAUUGUCACCUUCGGGGUUGCGCUGUUCGUGUACACGUUGACUAUCACGGCGCUGACGUUAAACCCCUCGACCUCCUGCAUGCGUAUCGCUGGCGGUCACGGCUGC